CAUCAUCAUCAUAAAAUUCUGAAUCGAUAAGAAUUAAAUAGAAAAAGUGAACGAAUGAUUGAAUGUGAAAAUUAAUUUGUCCAUCUUUAUUUCUGCUUGUCUAUUGUCGUUGUUAAUGUUGUUGUUGUUGUCAACAAAAUUUUGACACGAACACUUAUCUAUUCGGGUAAAAGAUGUCGAUUCAUAAAAGGAGCCUAGUUCCAAGUGUUUUCGCAAUCCUGCCAUCAUCGUUAUCAUCAUCAUUUUCAUUUUCAUUUUCAUGCUAUUAUUGUUUGAUAAUAAUAUACGGUAUAGCAUUGAUUUUUCAACAGACAAUAAUCAUCGAUGCGGAAAAACAAAUUGACACUGCCAUUAUUAAUAAUAAUGUUACUGAUGUAAAGAAUUACGAUUCCAAUUAUACUACCAAUCAUUCACAAACGUUGUCAAAAUCAUCAUUGAAUAACAAUGAACAACAACAACAACAGCAGCAGCUGUAUCCAGAUGAUCAAAAGUCUGGACAAAAUAUGGAACUGGUCGAUCGUGAAUUAAUGUUAGUGAAAAAUGUUGAUCAUUCAUCUUCUCACUUUCGCAUGAUACCUUCUAGUUCUGUUAUUUCUUCUCCUCCUCGAAAAUCUAGAACUAAAUCCCUUUCUAAACGUCCUAACCACCAUAAUCUUAAUUUUCGAAGGAAUCGUGACCGAUUAAAAUCAUUUCCAUAUGCAUAUGCACAUGGUCAAAAUGUUCCUGAACCAUAUAAUGUUAAUAUUCAGCCAUCUCGUUUCCACUAUCAUUAUCCUUAUUCACCCUCAAAUCAACCUCAAAUUCGUAUUAUCGAACGACCUUUGUUUAUCGAAAGACGUUCAGAUACCACCAGAGGAAAACUAGUAUCACAAAUAGUUAAUCGAGCCAGUCAAGCGUUCCAUAAUUUGAUCGAACAUCGCCGCAAUCGUUCCAAACCUAGAUUAGCAAAAUUUAUGAGUGAACGACGUUCAAGUGGAGGACGUUUGUUUCCUAGAGUUCGUGAACAUUUUGUUCAUCGUAUUGAAAGUCGAAAACCUAGACCACCGGAACCACAACCACCUAUAGAAAUUGAACAACUGCCGGAUAUUCAAUUCGCUGAAUCACGCAUCGAUGGUAAUGAUACUUCCACUGGAUCCAUCAAUGAUCAAAUAUCACCAUCAUUGCCGGAAUUCAAUGAUGAUAGACCAUUUUAUAGGGAACCGAAUCUUAAUUAUGAAUUGGAAGGUCGAAAAUUACGACAAGAUAUUGUGGACAAAGUUACCCAUCUUCAAACAAUUUUAGAAACAGCCUUCCAUGUAUCACGUGAACGUCGUGAUCUAUUCCUUAGUCGUUUAUUACGUAAUACUAAUAAUCGUUUAGAAAGGGCCAAAAAUCGUGCUGAUCAAAUCUUGAGCGAGCCAGCAACAUCAGAAUUGGCUGUCAAAACAUUACAUCAUAUUAACAGUGGCAUCAACAAUAUGUAUUUAUUUUUACAUAAUUUGUUGAACAGGGUUAAUGUAUCGAUCAAAGUGCAGAUGAAAAAUCCAGGAACAGAAUCAUCACCGAGUGAUAUCAAUAAUAAUAAUAUCAACAACAGUAACAGCAAUCAUAAUGGAACAACUAGUCAAACAAAAAAUGAUGAAAAAGAUCAGCAAUCAAAAGAAAAUGAAUAAUUUAU